GAGGAGGAGAGAUGUAAGUGGGUCAGAGGGACACGUUAUGAGCAGGCAAUUCCAUGUGGCCACAUGAAUGAGAGAAAGCGGAAGAGGAAGAAGAAGAUGAUCAACAACAACAACAACAACAAGCAACACAGCAACACCAACUGAAACAUCAUCAUCAGAAUCAUCAUCAUCAUCUACGACCCUAAAUUUUUUCACUUUCUCUCUCUCUCUCUCUCUCUCUCCCUCCCUCUCUCUGUCUGUGUCUGUGUCUGUGUCUGUGUCUUUUUUUUUUUUUUUUUUAAUUGUGAGAGAGGAAGGAGAUAAAGAAGAUGAAGGAAAACAGUGAUGGGUUUGUGAGAGCGGAUCAAAUUGAUCUGAAGAGCAUAGAUGAACAGUUGGAGAGGCACCUCAGCAAGGUGUUGACCAUAGAAAAGAAAAAGCGCUCUGAAGGGGGCGAAGAAGAUGCUGCUGCUCAUGAUCAUGUUCACACCACCAGUGCCACUGCUUCUCCCAAAUUCUCACAUGCUUCUUCUGCUGCUAGGGUUAUUAACUUCAAGAAGAAAAAGCAGGACUGGGAGAUUGAUCCUUCUAAACUCAUCAUCAAAACUGUUAUAGCUCGUGGCACUUUUGGCACUGUCCAUCGGGGUGUCUAUGAUACCCAAGAUGUUGCUGUGAAAUUGUUGGACUGGGGGGAAGAAGGACAAAGAACAGAAGCAGAAAUUGCCUCCCUGAGGGCAGCGUUUACACAGGAAGUUGCUGUUUGGCAUAAACUCGAUCACCCCAAUGUCACAAAGUUUAUAGGGGCAACAAUGGGGUCUUCAGAAUUGCAGAUACAAACUGAUAAUGGUCUAAUUGGCAUGCCAAGCAAUGUCUGUUGCGUUGUUGUUGAGUAUCUCGCUGGAGGCAAUUUGAAACAAUACCUAAUAAAGAACAGGAGGAGGAAGUUAGCUUUAAAAGUUGUCAUCCAGCUGGCACUUGAUCUUGCAAGAGGGCUGAGUUAUCUUCACUCUCAGAAGAUUGUCCAUAGAGAUGUAAAGACAGAGAACAUGUUGUUGGAUAAGACACGUACAGUUAAAAUUGCUGAUUUUGGGGUUGCACGUGUUGAGGCAUCAAAUCCUAAUGAUAUGACUGGGGAGACUGGUACUCUUGGUUAUAUGGCUCCAGAGGUUUUAAAUGGCAACCCCUAUAACAGGAAAUGUGAUGUGUACAGUUUUGGCAUCUGCUUAUGGGAAAUAUAUUGUUGUGACAUGCCAUAUCCUGACCUAAGUUUCUCAGAAAUUACUUCAGCUGUCGUUCGCCAGAAUUUAAGACCAGAAGUACCAAGAUGUUGCCCGAGUUCCCUAGCAAAUGUAAUGAAGAAGUGCUGGGAUGCCAGUCCCGAUAAGCGGCCGGAGAUGGAUGAGGUAGUUUCCAUGCUGGAGGCCAUUGACACAUCCAAAGGUGGAGGUAUGAUCCCUCAUGAUCAGCAACAGGGUUGUUUUUGCUUCCGCAAGCAUAGAGGGCCUUGAAAAUUUGGUUAUAAUGAUUUUUCAGUAUUUGAAGAAUCAAUUUGUAUCAUAGUCAGAAAGCAGGAUUUGGAUACUAGAUGAGACAAAUACACAAUAGGGGGUACAGGUAGGAGGAGCUGGUGACAUGUCAAUAUGUUGGUGGGUGUGUAAAACUGUACCUCUGAUUUUCUUUUACCUUCUUUUUUCCCCCACAUUGGUUUGGGUUCUGUGGGUAUGAGUAUUACUUUCAGCUUGGUGGCAAUGUUGCCAGAUUGGACUAGUAACAUGCAGGAUCUUCAUUAUACUAUUGCAUACUCGCUCGCAAUCAUAAUUGAUGUGAUUAAGUUGGAUCCGUUUGCUUUGUAAACAAUAAUAUACAAGCGUUUUAUUGAAUGGGAAAUAAAACCUCUUUGGUCACUUUA